AGAUAUUCAUUUUGUUGUCACACAAGCUGACAGUGCUAUGAAUUUAUUUGAAUUGAGCUAAGCUUAAAAUUUUUAAAGUUAAGAUAACGAAAUGAGUAGCAAGAAGCGCAUGAAAGGAGGCAACUGCUGCUGCUGUCCGCCCGUACGCUGCGAGCCAACCUUCUCAAGAUCAGUUGGUUACUAUGAACGGGACCCGUGUUGCCUGGAACAUUGCCGCAUCUACGGCGCACACGAUGAGCCCUAUGUGCGCCCCUUCGAUCCCAAGGAGUGCAAGGCUCUGCAGCGCGAGUUUCAUGACAGAUCAUUGGGCUUCCCGUUGGGCCUUGUUUACGGUUCGGUGCCCAUAAAGCAAGGCUUACCGAAUGGGGAUGCCAUCCGUUAUGCUGCACUUUUGAAAGCAUUUACGGCCACUUACUUUACCAGACGUAACGAGUGGUCACCGGAGCUGGUUGAUCAGGUGAUUAACGAGGGGCAGGUGCUGUUCAACGAUUCGGAGGGCUUGGAGGAGCCCAACGCCAAUCGCUAUCCAGAAGUCUAUGAUGCCAACGAGCAGUUGGUUACGCGACAUUUUAAGAUAAACGACAUUGAGUUCGCCAUCGAGCUAGAUGCACCCUUCGAAGUGUACGGCAUCAAGAAUAAACUCAAAAAUAUCCGACGCAUUCUAUCCGCCUUCUUUAAGAAGCACACCAUCGGUCUCUUCUACGCAAACAGUACGUAUUUGCUGAUAUGGAAGGAUACUGGCGUUUGGAUGGUGCUCGAUUUGAAUGGACGGGAGAAGGACACGCUGAAAUUAAAUUCGGAAGGCGGCUAUCCAAUACUGCUGGCCAUGCGUUCCAUUGACAAUGUCAUACAUUUGAUACGCGAGGAAUGCAAUCUGGAUAAGAACAGCAAGUUUACGUUGCGCGACAUGUUGGUUGUGCGGCUGGUGACGCCCGGCGAGCAAGGCUUCAGCCAGGAGCGUGAGUUCGGGCCACGGAUGAGCGAAUUCGAUGUGAUUGCCUCCGACUAUGGCUAUCUGAAGUCGAAUCUGCACUUGACGCUAAAUCCAAAGGAUGCGCUGCGUAAUCGCAGCGCACUGCCAGUGUCUGUGGCCACGGCAUUGGCCUCCAAGAUCGAUCAUCCGGCCACCUGGGAUAUGAAGACCUACGAUAAAGUCCUCUGCUAUGGCGUCAACAUGUGCAAGAACUGCUGGGAGCCAUGCACAGAUAUUAAUCAGCCGAUGGACUUGGAUACGUUUCCGCGCCAGGUGCGCAUGGGUCAAUUUGUGGCCGAGGUGAUGCUCACACCAAACGUCUUCGAGGGCUGGUGGAAGUGUGUGCCCAUGUACAAGUACAACGAUUUCCAUUUGAUGCUGGAGAAGGCGAUUGACGAGAACGACUACAUCAUCUUUCAGAUCAACAAUCAAAUGUAUUCGAUAUGGAAGAAGGGUGAAUUCAUCUAUCUGAUGGAUCCCUAUCGCCAUCACAUUGUGGGCCGCAUACUCGAGGAGGGCGACGAUCCAAAAAGUGCCUCGGUGCGCAUGUUUGGCAAUAUGGAUCGUCUGCUGAGCGUCUUUCACCAGAUACUGCUCGAAUCCAAUCGUUCGGCAAUCUUUCACAUACACACGCUGCGUAUACGUAACAUCACCGAAUGCCCACCGGGCACGGCGCCGAUGCUUUUGCCACCUGACCAGGAUAUAGAGGUGGUCUCGCUCAACGAGACCAUACGCUUCGAUGAGAGCUAUGAUAAGUGCAUGGAGGAGCUGGCCGCAAUUAGUGACUACGAAGAGGACCUGGCUUCCGAGAUCGAGCCCAUCGAGGAGGUCAGCUCGUCCGAGGAAAUGGUCGAGGAGGAAGAGGGCGGCGAGGCAGGCCCCGCCGAGGGCGACGAAGAAGAGGACGAGCCCGACGAGUAAUACUAAAAUGUCUUCAGUCUUUUGUCUACAUUGUCACAUUUGGAUCAAUAAAUUUAAGUUAAAUAAUGCCCAA